CAUGAGAGCGGUUGUCCUCGGUCGGACAUUUUCUGCAGACGGACCGGAAGCAGUUUGAGGUUACCGAAGUGCUCUUGGAAGCUGAAGGCGUGCUGAGCUUUCUCCCGAGUUCUUUCCUUUCGAUAAACCGGGUGCAGCUGUUGGGCCGCGUUGGUCAGGACCCGGUAAUGAGACAACCGGACGGUCGAAACCCCGUCACCAUUUUCUCAAUGGCAACAAAUGAAAUGUGGCGCACUGGAGACGGACAGGCGGGCUCAACAGGUGACGUCAGUCAGAAGACGAUGUGGCAUCGGGUGUCCGUGUUCAAACCAGGUCUGAGAGACGUCGCCUAUCAGCACGUUAAGAGAGGAGCCAGGGUUCUAGUAGAAGGAAAACUGGAUUAYGGAGAGUAUGUGGAUAAAAACCAAGUCAGACGUCAGGCCACGACCAUUAUUGCAGAAUCAAUCGUGUUUCUGAGCGACAACAGAGACAAAGAAUGAGGGCCUUUCUGUCCGUCCACAUGAUAACUUCUAGUUCUUUGUACCAAAAUAAGACUCGAGAAUGAUUGAUUCCUGAGGAACAAAAUAAGAUCACGUUUGACUGUAGCUCCCUCUGCUGGUGRAAAUGAAGACUGAGGCAUCAAGAUGUGCAAAUAGUAUCUUGUUUGGUUCAAAAUAUUCACUGAUGAUGAUUCUGUGUACAAAGCUGUUAAAACUACAACUCCUGUUUAUUCAAAAGUCAAAAAUAGUUACAAAUAUUGAAAUUUGUUUCAUAUUUUGCAUCAGACGUUUUCCACAAGUACAAACAGUUUUUUUWAAUCAAACGUCGACCUCUGUUUUGAGCAAAUCCUAUUAUUUUAAAAUAAGCAAGAGUUGUAAAUUAGGUUUCUCUGAACUGUUCAAAUGUGUUCAGAGAGGUAGAUACAUUUAUCUUCAUAUAUCUGUAUGCUUUUAUAUAAUUUACUCACAUUUAAGUUUCCUAGGUUUAUGCAGCUAGGUUCCAAAUAGUUUUUGGCAAAUUAAAAUAAACAUUAACCUGUCAUAUUUUGCUCGAGUUUUUGCAGGUGGCGUGCCUCACUAUCAUGAAACUAYCACAGUUUUGUUUAUUAAUGACCUUAAACUCACUUUGUGACUGUUUCUGUUUUAAAUAAAGGGUUUGACCACAGUAACUGUACUUUUGAAUGACAUAUAUGAAGUUGUAUGACAUUGUUCCCUGUCUGUAAGAAUGAGACUAAAUAGUUUGUUAGAUAAAAAGGUUAAAAGAUAAGACAACCGAUUCCUGUUUAUUUUUGCAGUCAGAGCUAUAAUGUUUAACAGCUGAGUUUUGAAUUUAUUCUUAGUCAUUCUGUGUUUGACCCUAUGCCAGCUGACGUAUUCAGCAGAUUUCUCCAGAUUACAGGUUGUUUAGUUGCAGAAACAAACAGCUGCUAACUGAAACAUGAGAACCAAAAAAAGAAGAGCAGUUUGCAAAUUUUCAGGAAGCCCCUUCAAAGUCAGUUUCACUGCURCAGCAUUUUGUUUCUCCUUUUUACAUUUUUUCUAUAGUCAAAGAGAAAGACAUGUUUGUUUGUUUCAGUUAAAUUCUGUUUUCUGCUCUGUAAUACUGUUUAGCAGUUUUAUUAAAUAAUCUCUUCAUUUUCUUCCAA